UCUUUCUGCACAACGGCGUUUGAGAUUUAUAAACCAUACCUAUCGAUCCGAAUUAUUUAUUUAUUUUUAUAUUAGUAUUAUCGAUUGUAAGUUAAGAAGUAGAUGCUAUUUUAACUGGUUCUUCUACAUUACCGAGACUUGACCACUGAAAAGGCGUCUGUAGCUCAAACUUCUGUCUUUCUCUUUCAAUUUUGACUUCUUUUUUUUUCAGAAAAUGCUGGUUUUAAAUUGUUUAUCAUACUUAGGUGUUAUUUUGGGUUUCGUCGGAUUAACCCUUAGCAUUGCUUCUGCUCUUUACUAUGUUUCAGAGUUUAUAGAAGAACACACAAAGCUGGCCAAAGCUUUUUUAACACGACUGGCUUACUUUAUCAUGGGUACACUAUUCCUACUCGCUUUGCUUGACGGUUUUCCUUUCUGGCUGUGUGCCUUCUCUAUAUUCAGUAAUUAUAUCUACAAGCUCAAUUUUGAUACAUUCCCAUUCUUUUCUUUCCGUCGUCUACGUUUUCUUUUAGCUUGUGCCUUAAUUAUCAUUAAUCAUCUAUUGUGGGUUCGAUUCUUUCAAACCCAUGAGUUUCCCAGUCGCCCUCGCGGCGUUACGUACGACUUCCUUGGGCAAAGAGUAGCAACAUAUCGUGCUACGUUUUCUCAAGUAGCCUCCUUUAUGGGGAUCUGCGUUUGGUCUGUUCCAAUUGGAAUUUUCGUGUCUUUCACCGCUGCAGACAAUGCUUUGCCUACUACGAUAGCUGCCAAUUCUUCAGAGUCUUCUCCUUAUCCUGAUACCUCAAGUCAUCACCAAGUUCGCGCUCCCAAUGUCUUACGUCAAAUGUACAAGAAAGUUGGUGCCUAUAUAGAACGAUCUCUUGUCGCACUGGGUUUAAGUGACCAGAUGGGUGUUAAUGAACGUUUCGUAUAAGCAACCCUUCUAUUCUUAUGAGGGGUAUUAAUAACUUAUUAUUAUCUGUCCUUAUCUUUUUUCUUCUUUUAUGUUCACGCUUUCUCAGCUUUUUUAAGUCAUCGUAUUCUACUUGACACCUCUUUUCCUCUUUAUUCCACCUUACAAAGUUAGAAUUACUUUUAUAUUAUAAACGUUACAUUCAACUCUAAAUAUAUGAACUCCCUUCUCGCACCUUUCUCAUUUUAAUACGAAAAUCAUAAUUCAUUACCACUUCUAUAAUUUUUAUCUUUUGUC